AACGCUGGCCUGACCUGACAGCUACGACUUGUUUUGCCAUGCGUUCAUCAUUAUACACACGUAUACGUAUAUACUCUUUCGCUUACGCUGUAGUUUAUUCCAUUUUGUAAUAAGAUAAUCCGGGUUUGACAUUUUGGAUCACAUUCAAAAUGGACGGUUUGAUUUGAUAUACGAAUAUUAUUUGAGGAACCAUUACAAAAAUGGUGUCAUAAACCAUUGCAUUUCAUCGUGAAUUAUGCAUAUACAGGUCUAUAUAUACGCGUAUAUAAUACAUAUAUUUCCGUAUACCGGGACUAAUACGGCUCAUGGGUUAUUUUGAGUGUCGUGCGGCAUUUACAUAAUUCGUACAAAAAGAAUACAACUUUCGGUUUCUGACAAAAACUAUUUUAUCGACAGCUUAUGUUUGGUCCCGAUUAUAUAUGUAUGUAUUCAUGUAUAUAAUGAUGUAGAAGAGCGCGCAAGCGUAUAAAAAAAGAGCGUGAUACAUAUCAGCUGAGGCUUCUGGCUUUUCAAUGGAAGCUUCUCUUAUUUAAAUAUUCAGCUUCGCCUUUCCUCUUUCGGGUUUUUCAAACAGUUCCCACACAUUGAAACUCCGAAGCUUCGGACAUGGCGAGGAUCUGUACGGAAGAAAACAUGGAAGAAACCCGUUUGAUCGGUCCUCCUCACCAUCCACGCGAACUCGACGACGACGACGAUGAUGAUGAAGACGACGAAGAAGCGUUAUCGUUAUGCGAUCUACCUGUGAAUUUAUCGACAAGGGAAGUCGAUGAAUUUCGAUCACGAGUCGAAGAAUCUCCGAGAAUUGGGGAAUCUCACGAGGCCUCAACAAAACCAGAACUGAAAGAUUCCGAUUUCAGGUUCCAUUUUUCUGUCGGGUCGUCGUUGCGGGUCGGGUCGGAUCCGGCAGAGUCCGCCGAUAUGAGCACGGCGGACGAGUUGUUCUUCAAAGGCCGUAUCUUACCGCUACGCCACUCGUUCAGCCAGGAAGACGGGUCAACCCGAGAUCCGACCAGGUUUAUUUCAAGAUCGGAGUCGAUGGAUUUCCGGCGAGUCGGCUCGUUCGCCAAAGGCGGAAGCAUCAGCCGUUGCUCCGCCGACACCGCCACCGCCGGCCGGGAAAUGAAAAAUAAUUUCCUGAAUUACAGUCAACCGAGCCCACAACCACAGAUCAGAAGAACGUCAAGCUUAACGGCGCGUGUCAGUACAAGCAGAAGUCAAAAUUCAUCGAUCUGGGAUGUUCUCCGGCUCGGCCUCGUCCGAGCGCCGGAGAUCGAAUUGCAAUACCUCAAGCUUCAAACCACCGCAGCUAACGCCGGCAACGCGAAAUCAUCAGUCAGUAGGAACAGCAGCUGCAGCAGCACAAGCACGAGCUGCAAUUCCAAGAAAACAACAGGAGAAUCCAAAACGACUAAACAGAGACAUGGGUUUGUCUUGUCGGAUCGGAGAAGAGGGUUCUUGUUCGGGGACUGCAAGUGUUCCACGGCGGGGGCGGAGGCAGUUAUACGGAAGAACGGUGGCUCCGGCGGCGGCGAGGAGGACGAUAAAGAAAGGAGGAAGAAGAAGACGGCGAAGAAGAAAGCAGAGAAAGUGGAGAUGGCGCGUAAGAGGACGGUCGAGUGGAUGAAGGAACUUUCAAAUUCAAACUUCAUCGACCAUGGCAGAAGCUUGGCGUGAUCACCCAGCAAAAUCAUGCUUUUUUUUUUUGGGUUCUGUUUUCUCCUCUAAUCAUUUUCCCCCAUAUUUUCUUUUUGUACUUUUGUGUAUUACGUAUAUUUGCAGAUUUUUUUUAUUUGAAUUAAAUUUCGUUCUUUAAUCAUUGUAAUAUGAUCAUUAAAGAUUAUUUCGUGCUGCUUCAAAAUAUUUUGAUCC